AGCCAGUUCCUGCUCCCAGUGUGGGUUCAUGUUUGAGGAAUCGCGCCACAGGAGGCGUUAAAGAGGCUUACUCCUGGUUACCAGACAGAUCUGAGAUGUUGUGGCUGCUGUUCUUUCUGCUUCCUCCAGUGAGCAAUGGCAGCAUCGUCGCCAAGAACAUCGCUCACACAGAAAGACACGACCAUGAGACGACCGGUGGCCCCACAGUGACGCCUCACAUCUACUUCUGCCGCUCGCCCAACAUGGAGGACUUCACCUGCUGGUGGCAUCCACUCAGCAACCUGACAGAUGGCGAGCAAGUCACCCACAUCCUCACCUACUCCACAGAGCAGGAAGCCAACCUUGAAUGUCCAGACUACGUGACUGGCGGCCCCAACAGCUGCCACUUCGACAGCAGCCAUACGUCUAUAUGGACGGUGUACUGUUUGACCGUGACCGCCGUAACCACACACAGAAACUACACCUCCCAGCAGCACUGCCUGGAUGUGGCAGAAAUAGUUCAGACUGAAAUUCCAGUCAACGUGACUUACAACUUGACAAAUGCAGGCAGCGAUGAAAUGGGCCAAAAUGCGCUGAUUUCCUGGACCUACCCGGUGCCUGGCCACGUGCAGUAUGGUUGGAUCACACUGGUCUAUGAGCUGCAGUACAGACAUGUUACAGAGUCUGACAACUGGAAGGUGAAGCAUCCUCUGCGUGAGCCUCAGGUGGAGCUACUUGGACUCCCUGUUGACGACUACGUGAUCCGAGUUCGUUGCCGUGCGCAGCACUCCAAGCUGUGGAGUUGUCAUGAUCCUGGUGACUGGAGCUCCACGCUGGUGAUGAGCAUCCCCCCAAAACCGUCUGCAGGUAAACUGUUGGUGCUGAUUCUGGAGACUGGAGUUGGUGUUCUGGCUCUGCUUGUUAUGGCCUUUAGUCUUGUUCUACAGACCAAGAGAAUAAAAGAGUUCUUCUUGCCGGCCAUUCCAAAAUCACGGAUUAUUGGCAUUGACCCCGUGCUUUUGAAGAAGGGGAACUUGGAUGAAAUCAAUUGUCACUUCAGUAACUUCCACAGCUACAGGCCUCCAAGCUCCUCCGAGGAGGUCUGGGACCGUGUGAGUGCCAAUGACCUCUAUCUAAACACACCAAAGGACAACAGCGACCCAUGCAACCCUACAGAAUCAGAGAGGGACACCUUACUAGUUCCCUGCAAUCCGGCAUCCACGGCAGUGUCCGCCCACCAUCAGCUCGCAGCUCCAAACCCUACAUUGAUUGUGCAGAGUGUGCUGCCUUACUGCUCUUCUCCCACUGAAGCCUUCACCAAACCUCUGAGUAUUCCUUCUCCAUGGCCGAUGCUGAAGAUCGUAUCACUGCCCGGGACGGACUACAGCAUGAUGGAACAUUCCUGCGGUCCCAAUACUGUCCUGGUCCCAGAACUCACUUUCAGCACCAGCCACCCACCACAAAACUUCUACACUUGUGUCCAGCUAUUAAACAAAAGUGGUGAGGUGCAUCGAGUGCCGUGCUUGGCAUCUUUUCUGAGGGUUGAUUUAGAAGCUACAGAGAAGGAAGAGAAGAAGAACGAUGGGGAUGACUCUGAGAAGAACGAGGCAGCUGUCCCUGUGCUGCCUGUUACUGUUAACAACAGUGGCUGACUGACAAGAAGUAGAUCCAGAUACUUUAAAAAAAUGCAUCCAACAUGCAGACUUUUAACAUAUGCAAAGUGAAAUCUGCUGUAUCCUGCUGGUUUGACUGGAAUCAGAUCCUGUUCCUUGUUUCUUUGCUUAUUUGUUUAAUUUAAAAAAAAGAAAACCCCCCACAAAUUCAGGCCACUCAGAGAAAACAUUUAAGGAUGAACAAAGAACAAGAGAAGCGAAAACUGACACAGAGUAGUAGAUGAAAUGCACCCGUGAUUGCAUAUGAUGUACAAUGAGUUGGAGUGUGAGGCGGCUGCAGAAAAACAACCAUGGGAAAAUACAUAAGGGAUAUCUGCAUAUCCACCCGCAGUCAGCAGCACUGGUGUGACAGAGAAUUCAGUUAGAAACGAUACCCAGAGGGUACUCUGCAGGACACGGUCAGUCAGGUCAUCAGUGAAGUUAUUUUGUGGUUAAUAAGCAGGAAUUAUUUUACCUUUGCUUGGUAAGCAUCAUUUGGAUGUUCAAUCUGUUUUUGUGAAGAUAAAUAUAUAAUAUGAUAGAGGAGAGUCAACUUGGAGCAUGAGCUCCGUCAACACAGCCCUCCAGAUGCAGAGGAAAGUAGAGAGCAUGUAUAAAAGCUGGUCUGCGGUUAUGUUGAGCUGACGUUGUGUAUAUAUAAUUUGUGUGUACUUUUUAUAUCAUCAAAUAACGAACUGAUCAAAAACAAUGUGAGAAAACUUUUGUGUAAUAAAAAAAGACUGAACUCUUCUUCGAUUAAUAAAUUAUGCAUACGAAAUACAA